AGUGCAGCGGUUGGCGAUGAAGGUGGCGGUGGCCGGGUGCUGCCACGGCGCCCUGGACAAGAUGUACGAGACGCUGGAGCUGCUGCAGCGGCGCCACAACGUGUGGCCCGACCUGCUGCUCUGCUGCGGCGACUUCCAGGCCGUGCGCAACGAGGCGGACCUGCGGUGCAUGGCCGUGCCCGCCAAGUACCGGCACAUGCAGACCUUCUACCGGUACUACUCGGGCGAGAAGAAAGCCCCGGUGCUCACCGUGUUCAUCGGCGGCAACCACGAGGCUUCCAACCACCUGCAGGAGCUGCCCUACGGCGGGUGGGUCGCGCCCAACAUCUACUACUUGGGUUACGCGGGCGUGGUGCGGUUCCGCGGCGUGAGGAUCGGCGGCAUCUCGGGCAUCUUCAAGUCUCACGACUACCGGAAAGGCCACUUUGAGUGCCCACCAUACAACCAGCAGACCAUCAGAAGUGCUUACCAUGUGAGGAAUAUUGAAGUCUUCAAACUCAAACAGCUGAGGCGUCCCAUGGAUAUAUUCAUGUCACACGACUGGCCAAGGAGCAUCUAUCACUAUGGAAACAAAAAACAGCUCCUCAAAAUGAAAUCCUUCUUCCGGCAAGAAGUGGAGAGCAACACUUUGGGGAGCCCUGCUGCCUCCGAGCUUCUGCAGCACCUGAAACCCACCUACUGGUUCUCAGCACAUCUCCACGUUAAAUUUGCAGCUUUCAUGCAACACGAGACAAAUUCCAAAGAAGAGUUACCAAAAGCAACCAAGUUUCUGGCUCUGGAUAAAUGCUUGCCACACAGAGACUUCCUGCAGAUAAUAGAUGUGGAGCAUGAUCCCAACGCAGGCGACUCGCUGGAGUAUGAUGCAGAGUGGAUUGCAAUCCUCAAGGCCACCAACAGUCUUGUUAAUGUGACCCAGAACUCCUGGAAUAUGCCUGAAAAUAAUGGCCUCCAUGCCAAGUGGGAUUACAGUGUGACAGAAGAAGCCAUUAAAGAGGUGCUAGAAGAGCUGAACCAUGACCUCAAAAUUCCUUGCAACUUCACAUUGACAGCUGCUUGUUAUGAUCCCAGCAAGCCCCAAAAGAACAUGGAGCCAGUUCAUACCAUCAAUCCACAGACCACUGAGUUCUGUGCCCAGUUUGGCCUCACUGACAUCAAUGACAGGAUCCAGCAGGCUAAAGAAGAGAGCUCAGGACGAGGUGAAUGUGAGGAAGAGGAGGAAGAGGAGAUGGACAGUACUGGGUCAGCAGAGGAACCCAGUGAAUACAAUACAGAUAAUUCUGGCCUCUCAUCCUUUAACCCAGAUGAAAUAAUGCUGGAUGAAGAAGGUGGUGAUGAAGACUUGAGUACAUGUUCUGUAGAUCCCUCCCCUGACCACCCUCCUGAGUUCUCCACGAGCUUCUCCGACAUCCGGGUCAUGCCCGACUCCAUGGCGGUGUCGUCUGACGAUGCCACGGACUCCAACAACGAGGAGCUGGAGAGGUGUGGGGGGAGCAGGCAGGGGGAGGAAAGGAGCCCCACUGAGAGGGCCUUAAAGCGCAUUGGUGCUGAUGAGAACGGCAACGGCGGCGUUAAAAAGAUCAAGAGAAGGAACCAAGCCAUCUAUGCUGCAGAGGAUGAAGAUAAAACUGAUUAACAGGGUGUGUAACUAAGUUCUCUCCCAGCCUUUCUGUGGGAAGGUGGUGAGAGUUGUACUGGACUACAUGUGCUUUUAAUGUUACAUGAUCUCAGUCAUGUUACUUUCCUCAGCUCAGAGGCUGGGUGUACUUCUCGCAGGGAAGGUGACUUACACAGAAUAGUCAAAGAAAGAAGCUGAGACUUUUCCAACAAAGUACUUGGUCAAAGGAUGUAAAGUUUGUAUAUCCUUGAUUUUGUUUCAGUUCUUGGUGUAUGGUGUACACUCCAUAUCUUCAUCUGAAAAAGAUUCACCAUGCUUGUUUAACAAGACCUCUUAAACUGUACCCUGAGUCCAAGUGAGAGGAUGUCUGACUUACAAGACUGAAUGAUUUUAUUUUACUGUUUUUAUCUUGUUUUAUACUGAACUAUUAAUACAAAGUAGCAUACGCAAUAACCCUGUGAAUGAAAUUGGAAAUAGAAUUCCCAUGAUAACAAAACAGCAACAGAAGAAUGAAGAUUUUUGUUUCUGGUGAUAGUCAUGCCACAGAAAAACUUUGUGGUCAUAAACAAAACAAUAUGUAUUGUCCAGGAUUGGCUUUUAAUUACAGUUCUGAUAGCAAACCAAGUCUCUUGAUUUGGAGGAUGACGGUUUUAUGGGGACCAUGAAAGGGUGCAUCUCUGUGCUUAAAAACUCUCUUUUGCUCUGUUUCUUAAAACUUGAGAACAAUGUCUUAAAAUGAAAGCAGUUAGGAAGGACAGCUUCCAAAAUGUGGACACCAUGACUGUGUCAACUCUGACUAAUCAGGGUUGUGGUUUGUGUUCAUACAAGGUGGUGGGUGUGUAAGCUGUCUGGGACAGUAACAGCUCCCGUUAUCAUUAGAGUCACUUCUCACUUGUCAUUUCAGUAGCUGUAACUUGCUGAACUUUUAAAACUGGUUUUGGGAAUCUUCCAAAGCACUUCUGUAAUCUUCAGCUGAGGGAAGCAGGAGCUGCCAGAACAGUGACCCUCUUGGAAGUUUUCUUUUUAAAUUUUUUUGCCCAUAAUUAUUAGUAAAUGGCACUCCUUUGGCCUAAGAGGCCACAAGGAUAAAACUGAGUGAAUUCAUGAAAAUGACAGUUUUCAAGCAUAUAUCAUUAGACACAUCAGCCUUCCUGACAGAUGGAAUUCCUCAUGGCUGUGCUGCCUGAGAGCAGAAGUAGCUCCUGUGCUUUUCCCCCUCCAAGGCACAGGCACUGAGAAGAGGAAAUCAUCCUGACAGGAACAGGGAACUAGACAGGGAGCAGUGAGUGAAAUACAUCUGUGAGUGUGAGUUGUAUCAGGGUCGGGAAUUAAUCUGUCUUUAAUCACUUCCAUGGUCUGGAGUUCAUCUUGCUUCCUCUCCUGUCAAGCAGUUCACUACAAAAACCAAACAUGUUAAGUAUUCAAGGACUAGAAAAGGGCAUAAUUAAUGCUCUCAGCAAUUCAAUUAACAGCUCAUCUGUCAGAACAGCCACCAAAGAGCUGUGCUGAGGUAUGAGGAGAAACUGGGAGUAACCCGGGUGUGACACUCAGGCUAUGUGAAAUGGCUGUGAACUGUCAGGUAAAUUAUUGAAGCAAAUGAGUCUCUUUAAGGGUCCUGGCUCUGCAGUGGUAAAAUCUUAAUCAUACCUUAUGAUAUGAACACUAUAAUGGAAAUAAAGUAUUUUAAAAAUAAAUUCUGUUAUGAACUUGAAAAGCCUCCCAGGGAACCUAAGCAUGGCAUUGAGCUCUCAGGGUGUCUGCACACAAAUAGAAAAUGUAUCUUGCAUGUUACUGACUUUUCAGUCUGAUUCCUUUUGUUUUUAAAAUAAACUUCUGUGUUGUACCAUG